AAAGAAAAGUCUAUUAUUAAUAAAAUAUAUAAAACAUAUAAUACCCUUUUAAAAUUAAAUUACUAUAAUUUCAUUAAUGUUUCAAUCAUAUAUUUCAUGAAUUUACCUAAUUUCUGUGCAAGAAGUUAUAACAAGUGAAUAAUCAUUUAAACUACCACUAAUACAAGUAAAAUGAAUUAUUAUAGAAAUAUACACAUUAUUUUGUUGAAUAUAAUAAUUUCAAAUGCACUUAUUGUUCAUGAGAAAAAUGAACUAUUUACGAAUAUUGAAAAUCAAACUUUAGUAACCAAUGACGAUUUAAAUAAUCUCAUAAGAGAAAAUCUACCAUUUCUUAAGCUAAUUUUACGAGAAAAUAAAUACUACACUGGUAGUGAUGCAUCUCUUUGUCCUCUACCUUAUGAUGAAAAUACACUGUUGGAUGAUCCUGAUGUUGAGAAAUUAAAAUAUUUCGACCCAAGAGAAUAUAAAAAGCCGUGGUCUUGGACACAACAAAAUCAAAUUAUUGUUCCUGUCCCAAAAGAUUUUACCAUUAACAAAAAGUUAGGAGAUCUAGUUCGUCAAGAUAGCAAUUUAAAAAUUAUUCAGAAGUAUACUUAUUACCUGAAUACAAUGGAAAGUGUUGGAAUAACUUUAGCCGAUAGAUUUUGUUUGUUUUUAGUUGAAGCCAUUGAUAGAAUCGAUAGUUUCUCUGAUGAUAAAGUAGUUUUUGAUUCUUCGGAAGCAAAUUUUGAUCAUUUAAAAAUGAAUUUCAGUAUUUUUAACUAUAUGAAAUUAUUUAAACAUAUUUAUAAAAUAUUUAAGAAAUACUUCAUUUCUACAUUACCCCUUGAAUGUAUUUUUAAUACUCUGUUUAAGAUUGCUCCAAAAGGUGAUAUACAAAAAUGGACUGAUAUACUAAUUAAUAAAGAAAAUAAAGACCAAUACAGAGCACAAUUAUUAGAAUGCAUGAAACUAACAAAUUUAAAAAGAAACUAUGCUGUUCUUGUAAAUGAUGACUUAUGGAAUGAUGAAGCUCUAAAGGCAAUACUUAACAUUGAUGAAUUAAUAAAAUUACAACAUGUCAAUAUUAGAAAGGGAGCUGAAAUUUUUAAUGUGACAGAAAAUUUUAAAACCAUUAGUUUAAAGAAAUCAUGUAAAUAUGUAUGCUUUUAUUUAAAAAAAUUAAGUUGACACUACCGUUAAGACAUAUGAGAUGAACAUAAAAAUAUUUUAAUGUUUAAAUGAAGAAAUAAAUGA